CAGAAGCAACAGCGGCAACGUGUCAGAGGAAAGCAAAGCCUGUUCAGCUGAUCAGAUAUUCUAGGAAGAUACAAAGAGGAAGCAAAGACGGGAGAAUGGUGGAAUCCUGGGAUUUUUGGGUCACUGUGUUUUUGGGUCUCUUGAUUGUGCAGUAUCUGAAACAGCUCUGGUCCAGCCGAAACUAUCCUCCGGGUCCUUUUCAGCUUCCCCUCAUUGGAGGGAUAUUGAGGAUUGGAACUGGAAUAUCUCUCAAUGUUCUCAUUAAGCUGGCUGAGGAAUAUGGAAAAAUUUACACACUGUGGUUAGGACACCGACCAUUAGUAGUAGUGUCUGGAUUUGAAGCAGUGAAAGAAGUGUUGGUUGACCAUUCGGAUGACUUCGCUGGCCGACCGGUGGCUGCUUUCAUUAAAAUUGCCUUGGGAAAAUCUGCUGCUGCAGGUAUUCUAUUUUCAAGUGGCGACACCUGGAAGCAACACAGACGCUUUGGUUUAGUGACACUGCGGAAGAUGGGAAUGGGGAGGAAAUUAAUGGAGACCCAAAUAGAAAUGGAGGCCAAGUAUCUAGUGGAGUCUUUUGCCUGUACAAAAGGGCAGCCUUUUGAUCCUAUACUACCAAUCACGAAUGCAGUCUCCAAUGUGAUAUGUGCUCUGGCUUUUGGAUAUCGGUUUUCUGCUGAGGAUGAAGUGUUUAAGCAAAAGUUGGAAUCAGUGGAUUAUGUAACCAAGUAUGCAACAAGUGUAUCUGCUGUUCUCUAUGAAACAUUUCCUUGGCUGAUGCAACGUCUUCCAGGUUCUCAUCAAAAACUGUUUGAUAUUUUCAAGAAGGAGAAUUCCUUUGCAAUGGGGGAGAUAGAGAAACACAGGGAACAACAGAACAAAUAUGAACCACAGGAUAUCAUUGAUUUUUAUCUACUUCAGAUGGAGAAAAGCAAGAAUGAUCCCACCUCUACCUAUAGUGAUGAUAACUUGGCUAACUUUCUUAAUGAGUUAUUCAUUGCGGGGACAGAGACCAGUGCCACCAGUCUGCAAUGGGCACUCCUCUUAAUGGUGAGCUAUCCAGAUAUCCAAGAUAAGGUCUACAAGGAGAUAGAAGAGGUUUUGGGUUCUUCUGAAUCAUUCUCAUAUCAAGACCAUAAGAAACUGCCCUAUACAAAUGCUGUGAUUCACGAGAUCCUACGUGCCAGAUAUAUAUUAUUUUUGGGGCUUCCUAGAGAAUGUGUGAAGGAUGUGACAAUACGUGGAUUUCAUAUUCCAAAGGUAGGAGGCACUUACAACUCAGAGACAUGA